UAGUCAUCCGUUGCUGACGCCUUUGUGUCCGUGAAAUCGAAAAUAUGCUGUACUUGGAGGAUUAUCUGGAGAUGAUCGAGCAGCUUCCCAUGGAUCUGCGCGACAGGUUCACGGAAAUGCGCGAGAUGGACUUGCAGAUGCCAUGGACCAAUUAGAACAAAGGGUUGGGGAGUUUUUUAUGAAUGCUAAGAAAAAUAAACCUGAAUGGAGGGAAGAACAAAUGGCUUCUAUCAAAAAGGAUUACUUCAAAGCUUUGGAAGAUGCAGAUGAGAAAGUUCAACUUGCAAAUCAAAUUUAUGACUUGGUGGAUCGACAUUUAAGGAAAUUGGACCAAGAGCUUGCUAAAUUCAAGAUGGAAUUAGAGGCUGACAAUGCAGGAAUUACUGAAAUAUUGGAAAGAAGAUCAUUGGAAUUAGACACUCCAUCACAGCCUGUGAAUAAUCAUCAUGUUCAUUCCCAUUCCUCAGGAGAGAAGCGGAAGCACAUUCCAUCAUCUCAUCAUUCAACAACCGAUCAUGUACCAGAGAAAAAGUUCAAAUCUGAAGCAUUGUUGUCCACUCUAACUUCAGAUGCUUCUAAAGAGAACACAGCAGGCUGUAGAACUAAUCUAUCUUCAUCUUCUACCAACAAUGUCUACAAUGUGAAUUCUUCCCAGCCAUUGACAUCAUAUAAUAUAAGUUCCCUUUCCACUGGAGCUGCAGCAGGUGCAAUUACCAUGGCAGCAGCACAGGCAGUUCAGGCAACUGCACAGAUGAAAGAAGGGAGACGAACCUCCAGCCUAAAAGCCAGCUAUGAAGCCUUUAAAAACACUGACUUGCUUGGGAUCUCCUUGUCUAGAGAUUCAGCUAGCUAUUCAUCAUCAGCACUGGCAUCAACAUUAACUCAGACAUUAACAUCAUCUGCAACCACAGAUUCAAGAAGUGGAAGAAAAAGCAAGAGCAACAACAAAUCUGCGAGCCAGCAGUCUUCCUCUUCAUCGUCUUCCUCUUCUCUCUCAUCAUGCUCUUCAUCAUCUGCUCUAGCACAUGAACUGUCUCAUCAACAAACUGCUGCUAUUCCAGAGUCUGAUACUAACAGCCAGGUUGACUGGACUUACGAUCCUAAUGAGCCUCGUUAUUGUAUCUGCAAUCAGGUGUCUUAUGGCGAAAUGGUAGGCUGUGACAACCAAGAUUGCCCAAUUGAAUGGUUUCAUUAUGGAUGUGUUGGGUUAUCAGAAGCUCCAAAAGGCAAAUGGUACUGCCCUCAGUGCACCGCUGCAAUGAAGAGAAGAGGCAGUAGACAUAAAUAACAUUCCUUGUAUCGGUUCAAAAUGAACUUGCAUAUUAUACCCAUUUUGUCUUGCCUGACAAGUAAACUGACAUACAUGUUCCAUGUUGCUUGUUUUCAUGUAAGAUACAUUAAGCACCACAGUAACCAUAGUGAUGACCACCAUCGCAAUGAUUGUAUUCAGUUAGUAACUACACUGGGCAUUAACAUUUUGUCCUUAUAGGAUUUCAAUAAGUUUUUUUUUUAUCUUGUGAAUAUUAUAUAUUAAAGAGGUGUCUCUUGCACGGAAUUCCAGGCUGUUACAUAUCUAAAUAUAAAAAUGUCAAA